AUGUAGAGACAUUCUGGCCGUAUUGACGCUUUAUACGUGUUCGAGGCCACUCACUUCAAGAAUUAGAAUAUCGAAUAUAAAAUGUUAUAUACACAGAAGCUUUGUACCUGUAAUAUAACUUCCUGGUUAUCAAGAAGGACCAGGCAUAUCAUAAAUGUAUAUUGUUCAACAUUGACUAAUGACAACUCAUCUGUGCAACAAAAAGAAGCUAUUGAUAUUCAAGAAACGAAGGAACUGAUUGAAAUAAAAACAGAAUUAUUGAAAAUAAAGAAAAAAAGCAAAUUAAUGGAAUAUAUCGGACAAUCUAUAUCACAUGAUAAAGAGAUUUUGGACAUUAUUAAUUAUGUACAAAAAACUAAUCCAGAUAUAAGUGAUAUCAUUCAAUUAUUUAAAGAAAAAAAUAUGUUAUUUAGAAAAGUGAAUGCAUCUACAUUACAUUUGAUUAACAAAGAUAUCGCUGUAAAAUAUGUCUCUUUGAUAAAAAAUGACCUCUUGAAGAAUAUGUGUUAUGUUGUUGAAUUAAAUCCUGGUUUUGGUAUAUUAACGAGAGAAUUAUUGAAAGCUGGUGUACCACUAAUUCACUUGUACGAAAGUAAUUUAAAAUUACGUAAAAUACAGGAAAUGUUGUGUACAAAAUAUCCUGGAAAACUAAAUCUAAUUUCUUUUAAAAAUUCUAAUCUCUUUGGAAUAACAAGAGUGUUUUUCGACGAUAAAGUCACUGAUGAAAAAUAUGAAGAUAAUUUUAAAGCAAUAGAUAGCAAAAAUUGGGAAGAUAAAACUUACAUGCAAGUAAUAGGUGCAUGUGAUAAUACAAAUUUAUUUACUUUUAUUAUACACAAUUUAAUCUUUCGCAAUGGUUUUAUGUUUUAUGGAAGGCCUGUCUUCUAUAUCGCGAUACUUCCAUCUAUGUGGAAUAAAUAUAAUAUGUGUACUAGUUUAAACAUAUAUACUUAUACAAAGGUGAUGUUCAAAUUAAUGUUUAAUUAUGAACUGCUGGGAACAUUGAGCAGGAAAGCUUUUAUACCUUGGUCGACAAAGAAACGUAACUUUAAACGAACUUCAGCUUUGUUAUCGGCAAAACAAAAUUACAACCAGCUAUAUGUGAUAAAACUUGAGCCCAAAACUGAUAUUUACUCACAAUUAUCGCCAAAAGAUUGGAUAACAUUUUCCUAUUUUGUCAGGCAUCACAUGCAGAAACGCCGUACCAGAGUGAUACCUUCAUUGGAAAAAUGGAUACCAGACUGUGGAAUUAGACUCAUAGCCAAAGAUUACACGAUAUAUACACAAUUUGGAGACUUAACGCCAGAACAAAUACUGGAACUCUUUAAAGAAUUUAAAUCCUGGCCAGAAUACAAAGAAAGCCAUUUCAUAGAUUCUAUGAAUGACUCUGUAGGUGCACAUAACGAAUUUGAAUUUUUUAACGAAUGA